AUGCUUUCCUCAAAUCUCAUUAGCAUUGCGUUCGCUCUUUUGGCAGGAGUACAGGCCAUUCCUAUGCCUCAGGACUCUUCUCUCCCUCCUACCGCACUCCCUCCUCCCCCCGUACAGUCUAUUCCAGUAUUUACUGGAGGACCGUCAGCAGCUCCGCCGCCAUUGUCAAUCCCCACCGAGGAACCAACUUCAGUUUUCAUACCAGUCGGCUCAACCCCACCUUCCAUUGCCGACCCUUCCACGCCUGCCUUCACAGCGUUACCGUCGCUAUUCACAACCCCUGUAUUCGACCCAUCAACAAUUGCUGUUGUUGAGCCGUCACAGAUUGUCUCUUCGAUUUUAAUAUUUACACCGUCAACCCCGAUCGCGGUAACUACUCCGAUUACAGUGCCUGAAACCUCUAUCCUCAUAUCGCCUGUAUUCAAUCCGUCGACACCUCCUAUCGUUGAGCCUUCAGCUCCAGUUUUUUCAGCAGAACCCUCGUUGCUCAAUUCGAUCGUUGAUCCAUCGGUUCCCACCCUUGAGCCCCAAGCAGAGUCCACUCCAGUUGUCAUUUUACCAUCAUUCACUCCUAUUGUGGGACCUUCAACUCCAGUGAUUGUCUUACCUUCCUUCACAUCUAUUGUGGAGCCAUCAACCCCGGUAGUUGUUCUUCCAUCCUUCACUCCUAUUGUGGAACCCUCAACUCCAGUGGUUAUCCUACAGCCCUCUACUCUUACCGUAGAGCCAUCCUCUGUAGUCGUUGUCGUACCGUCAUUUACGCCAAUUGUAGAGCCUACACUCUCUAUCGUCGAUCCCUCAUCCGCUCUAGUCAUUCCACCCUUUACCCCAAUCAUCGACCCAUCGUCUGCCCCCAUUGCGUUGCCCUCUUUCGCGCCCACUGUGGACCCCUCGUCGGCCCCAAUUGUGGUGCCUACCUUUGUCUCAAUUCCUGUGGAGGCCACAUCCGUCAUUUUGCCUAAGUCUACUGUUAUUCCAAGCUUUUUUAGAGCAUAG